UAGUUGGCUCCUGCUAUUUUGCUCUCCCUUCCAAAAACAAUUCCCAGCAAAUUUAAACAAAUUAACCAAACGCCUUCCAUACUCCCAUAACACUCAAUAGUAAAGAAAAGAAAAAGCGUAAAGAAUAGAAAUUUGAAUAAGCGGGCGGAGAUGUGGCGCUGCGUUUCUCGUAGCCUUCGAGUUCCAUAUUCGAAGAGAUCGGUCUCAAAUGACUCUCUUAGAUCUCACAUUUCCGGAUUCUUCUCCACCGAUUCUGGUGAAGCCCCUUAUACGAUAGUGGAUCAUACAUAUGAUGCAGUCGUGGUCGGUGCUGGUGGUGCGGGGCUGAGAGCAGCAAUCGGCCUUUCAGAGCAUGGAUUCAAUACUGCUUGCAUUACUAAGCUUUUCCCAACUCGUUCGCAUACCGUUGCAGCUCAGGGUGGUAUAAAUGCUGCUUUGGGAAAUAUGACUGAAGAUGACUGGCGAUGGCACAUGUAUGAUACAGUUAAAGGAAGUGAUUGGUUAGGUGAUCAGGAUGCAAUUCAAUAUAUGUGCAGGGAGGCACCUGAAGCAGUGAUUGAACUUGAGAAUUAUGGGUUGCCUUUUUCUCGAACAGAAGAUGGGAAAAUAUAUCAGCGUGCAUUUGGUGGUCAAAGCCUUGACUUUGGAAAAGGUGGACAGGCCUAUCGUUGUGCAUGUGCUGCUGACCGAACUGGACAUGCUCUAUUGCACACACUCUAUGGCCAAGCUAUGAAACAUAAUACCCAAUUCUUUGUGGAAUAUUUUGCUUUGGAUCUGUUGAUGAAUGGUGAUGGGAGCUGCCAGGGUGUGAUAGCUUUGAACAUGGAGGAUGGAACGUUACAUCGAUUCCGUGCUGCGUCAACAAUUCUGGCCACUGGGGGAUAUGGUAGAGCCUACUUUUCUGCAACCUCAGCUCACACAUGCACUGGUGAUGGCAAUGCUAUGGUUGCACGUGCUGGGCUUCCCCUCCAGGAUUUGGAGUUCGUGCAGUUUCACCCAACUGGAAUAUAUGGGGCUGGGUGCCUCAUCACUGAAGGGUCUCGUGGUGAAGGUGGUAUUCUUAGAAAUAGUGAAGGUGAACGCUUUAUGGAACGGUAUGCCCCUACAGCCAAGGAUCUUGCUUCAAGGGAUGUUGUUUCAAGAUCUAUGACCAUGGAAAUCAGGGAAGGUCGUGGUGUAGGACCUCUAAAGGAUCAUAUCUAUCUUCACUUGAAUCAUUUACCCCCAGAGGUGCUCAAGGAGAGGCUUCCAGGUAUCUCUGAGACUGCUGCCAUUUUUGCUGGUGUGGAUGUUACAAAGGAGCCCAUUCCAGUAUUGCCCACUGUACAUUAUAAUAUGGGUGGAAUUCCCACAAAUUACCAUGGAGAGGUAGUUACUGUCAGAGGCAGUGAUCCAGAUUCUGUGGUUCCUGGACUAAUGGCUGCUGGGGAGGCAGCUUGUGCAUCAGUUCAUGGUGCCAAUCGGUUGGGAGCAAACUCCCUUCUUGAUAUUGUUGUCUUUGGUCGGGCUUGUGCAAACAGAGUUGCAGAGAUCCAUAGACCAGGGGAGAAGCAGAAACCUUUGGAUAAGGAUGCUGGGGAGAAAACAGUUGCUUGGCUGGACAAAAUAAGAAAUUCAAAUGGUUCUCUUCCAACUUCAAAAAUUCGAUUGAAUAUGCAAAGAAUAAUGCAAAACAAUGCUGCUGUUUUCCGCACACAGGAAACGCUAGAAGAAGGUUGUCAGUUAAUUGAUAAGGCAUGGGAAAGUUUCCAUGAUGUUAAGUUGAAGGAUCGAACUUUAAUAUGGAACUCUGAUUUGAUAGAGACUAUUGAGUUGGAAAAUCUUUUGAUUAAUGCCUGUAUCACCAUGCAUUCUGCUGAAGCCAGGAAAGAGAGCAGGGGAGCUCAUGCCCGUGAAGAUUUUACAAAAAGAGAUGAUGAGAACUGGAUGAAACACACAUUGGGGUAUUGGGAGAAUGAGAAGGUGCGACUUGAUUACCGGCCAGUUCACAUGAACACAUUAGAUGAUGAGGUUGAAUCAUUCCCACCUAAAGCCCGUGUGUAUUAAUCCAUGUGCCUUUAGUAGGCAGAUAUUGGUUUUAUGCAAAUGAUUAUGAGAAUCCAACAAGUCAGCCCGGAAUAAGUUAUGGAGAACAAAGAUGCAAUAAUCUAUUUGUACAUGCAGCAUUUUGGCAAUAUUUGUGCCAUUUAUCAAUAUUGGGAACUUUUUGUUUGAAAGCAUCAACAAGUUUCAAUCUGAUUCAGAAAUUUGUAUUUGCCCUGGACAUCAACAAGGUUCAUAAUGACAGAGGACUGAACCCAUGUCAAGUUUAACUACUGAUAUUUUGCUCAUCGAGACUUCGGCCUAAGGCUCGCAUCCCCUCGCCAUAGCUGUCCAAUCCUCUUCUGAACGAAAAACCUCCUGAAGAAGAAAAGAACAUCCUGUCAUCAUCUCACCCGAAUCCUGGCAUCACUUAAGUUUCAAGGUGAGGGUUUUUGCGAACAUUGCGUGCAUUGUGCAAUUAGGACAGUUGACUUGGGGUAUUAUCGCGGAGGCACCAUCUUCCAAGCCAUGCCCACCUGUCCAGUUGCUUUCAACGUAGACGCUGCCACCCCGUCCAAAUAUCAUGCAUCGUUGCUUUUCGGUUGGUCUGGGACUUUACCCCAUUCAACCUGACCUUUUUGGAUCCCACUUUACCGCUUUUUUUGUUCAUGGCCCUUGGCCCUGGCUGGCUUCUAGGCCCCAUCACAUCUCCUUCCCGGUGGGCCCCUUAACCACCCAAAAAGAACGGACCCUAAUUGCGAUGGAGCUGAAUACGUGUCGUGAUUUUGAGAGUACCUAGGGCGUCGUUUUCAAUUGCAGAGAGAGAGAGGCGGCGGAGAAAGGAAAGGACGCUCAGAUCUAAAACAAAACAAAAAAACCGAAACGAACGGUUAUCACGAAUUCCGAGACGAUCACAGGGGAGGGUGAAAUGACGUCAGCGAGACUGCGAUACCGACCGGCCGUGGCUAAGGUUGUUAAGGGGAGGUGGGCCUCUUCAACCAAUUACCAAGGAGCAGUCAUUUCGUUAAAUAAAAAAUGGUCCAACAUGUUGCAUGGGAACCACGCCAUGCACACGGCAACUGGGACUCGGAGAAA